ACGAUAGCCGUGAAGGAAGAAUAGAGAGUAGGGGAACAGUACAUAGUCGACAAAGUCGUACUGUAUGCUUUCUCGAGCACAGUUUCGACUAAACAAGCCGUGUGAGCGCUUCAAACGUCACCGAGUGUCACCUUCUUACAUAAAUAUAAUCUCGAUACAUUCAAACAUGUUGCAUUUCAGAUAGGUAUAGCACGAACUUUGCGGACUAAUUUUUUUUUUCGCCGAUUUACGAUACGUCGCCGAGUGAAGUUACUGUGAUAAUCUGGUGGACGGUAUUUCGCUUGUUUGUCCGGCCAUGGCCAACUUGGUUUUUUCGAUAUUUUUGGUUCUAUGCGUGCUCGUUAUCAAAAGCGAGGCUAGGAAUAGGCCGCCGCUGAUAACAGAUGACAACAACAGGAUGAGGAACAAAGCUGCCGAUCUUCCGCUGGCCAUUGGAGAAAUAUACCCGGAAAGUGAAAUGGAAUUACAAUCAGAAUGUGUGUUCGGUAAUGAAGUGAGAGAACUUGGAUCACAAUGGAUACCUAAUUUGGGAGUACCUUUUGGGAUAUUAUACUGCAUGAAAUGUGAAUGUGUACCUUUUCAGCGAAAAAGGCGAGUGGUAGCGAAGGUACAGUGCAGAAACAUCCAAAAAGAAUGUCCUGAACCAACAUGCAGCGAACCAGUCCUCAAGAAGGGUAGAUGCUGCAAAACGUGCCCCGGAGAUACAAACAAUCCUGACAACAUUCAAGAUAUCGACAUCAUACCUCAGCACUCUUUAGACGAUGACGAAAAGACAACAAAACAUUACGCUGCCCUACUUACCGGCAGAUCGUCCUUGGUCCUCAAAAAUGACUACCUAAGGCUGUCUCCCAACGAAAGAAACCGAAAUAAAAUCAUCGCAACCGGUAGAUUCACCUUCCAUAAGAAAAACUUACAUUAUUCUUUCAUCUUCUCUGACAGAGCACAGAGACCGCGAUCCCUGCAGUUCAUAGACAACGAAGGAAAUAUACUCGAAGAAUUUACUCUUUUAGCCCAAGGCGCCCCCUUAGGUUUCUACCAAAAAACAACAAGAAAAGUAUGCGGUUCUUGGAAAAGAAUUCCUCGUCCUUACAGACGCUUGAUGAAGCAGGAGAAAAUGUACGUAGCUUUGGUUUGGGGCACCAAGGACUUCACAGAGUUCACGAUCAGCGGUUUGAUCACCAAAUAUAACCUUUUGUCUAAGGAAAUGUUUAGUUCUUUGAUGGAACCAGCGGCCAACAGUGAUCCAGAUGUUAUGAAUGGAUCUGGUGGUACUGCUUUCAUUUCUGUCUCAACUGCUAUCAAUCCUUCAAUCUACAUUUCUGUUAUUUUCAACGGCCUGUUUGGGAUCGACCAGAUAGCUGAUGUGCCUCUCAAUAUCACUCUUUAUUUGGACAAGAAGAAAAUUGUGCAGAAGCAAGUAAUUGUGAAAAAGCCAUCGAACGAGCUGAAUCUAGUAGAGACCAGCGCAAUUCUUGAAAACCAAGAAAUGCGAGCUUUAACCCGAGGAAAGCUUGGCAUAGGCAUACACUCUGUCAAAAAUCCAGUCAACAUGAGAUUAUACGGACAUAUAGUAUCCAAAGCCUCCUGUGAGAUCUUCCAAACCCUACUUGCCAGCAACAGCGAGCACGGUCUGACAGGAAUGGGCUGGUUCUACAUGACGAACGAAGGUAACCUCAACUACAACGUGCAGGUGGACAACUUGAAAACCGAAAUACCCAACUCUGUUACCUUGACGGACUUGACCACUAAGAGAAGAACCGAACUGGAAGAUCUCACCCCAUACUUUGAGGGUGGUUGGGCCAACGGUACCAUCGAUAGGAUAAGUCCGAAAUUUUUGGAACCCUUCUACUCUGGCAACAUCGGUAUCAAUAUUUCUAUUGAGAAAACCUCGACUGUUGUCAAAGGGAAGUUGGUGUCUAAACUGGUGGCUGACGCUAGGAACUCCAAAGCGCCAAUCUUGCUGAAGAGAGAGAAUUAUACGCUGCCACCGACAGCUGUAGGUUUGGCCUGGAUAAGUGUAGACCACGAUUGCCAUAUACACUACGAUAUCUCAUUGAGCGGUUUAGGUUUCAACAAUAGAAAACUGGACUUGAUUUUGGAGUUGCUUCCCAUGCUUGCUCCAGGUGCACCGGUAAUCAGGAAACAUUUGGAUAGUUUUAUUGGUAAUCAGGUUGAAAAUAGUCCGGUCGAGGGGUUGUCUAAGGAAGAAUUAGGACGACUUGACACCGGUGUUGGCAUCAUUAAAAUCAUGGAAGACAAGAGUAUACUCCUAUCUGCUACAGUAACUCAGUUGCAAGUACCCUUCGGUUGCCGACCCCCUUACAACGCUGACAACAACGUGCCGCCACUGCUCUUCGACAAGAACGACGACCCACCUAGCAUAGACUGCUUCUACGAAGGCAAAUUCUAUCAGGAAGAAGCCCAAUGGACCUCAAGCCGCGAUCCUUGCACCAUGUGCUUCUGCCAGAACGGCAAGGAAAAAUGCGAUACCAUGACUUGUCCAGAACCGGACUGCGACGAACGUCUGAGGGUGAAAGCCCCGGGUGAAUGCUGCCCCUCUUGUCCCUCCAAGAGCUUCCUUCCGGAGACCCAAAGCCGAAGGAAUCUCCCCCACACUUGCUUAUUCAACGGCAAGCACCACACCAAAGGCAGCAAGUUCCACCCCUUCCUUAUCCCAACCGGUUUUGACACGUGCACCGAAUGCGUGUGCGAUCCUGUCUUCAUGGAGAUCAAGUGCGUGAGGAACAGGAACGAGAGGUCUUGUUGCAAAAACUGCAGCAGGCAGGAUUUCGACGUCAACGAGAGUUAUCCAGCCGAUGAGAUGCCUGUCAGAAAUCCUAACUUGGGUAGAAAGCAGGAGAAGACGACUAAGUCUGCCGAUCAGAUCAUGAAGGAGGGAGGCUGCAGGAACUUGAACAACCCACAUAAGCCGCAUGAGAAUGGUUCGGAAUAUUUCCCGUAUAUCGAUUCUCUUGGAUUCUACAAGUGCGUCACCUGCAAAUGUAACAGAGGUAACCAAACUUGCAAAAGGAAUCCUUGCGACAAAGCCGCGUGUGAAAAGAUGUUCAAGGCAAGAAAAAAUAAAAAACUCCAAACGGGAGAACAUUGUUGUUCGGUCAAAGAUUGCAGGAGAUUCAAGCAUAAGAAAAAUCACCGGAGUACAGUUCCCACGAGUUGAAUUGAAACUGAAGUAUGAGGUCUUUAGGAAAAAGGUCUUUUCUGCCCAGCUGCAGGAAAGUGCCUAUUAAUUACCUAUCAACCAAAGAAGACUGAGGCAGACAAACGUAUUGCAGUUGUCUUUCAAUUGUAGAGUAAGAUUUGGAUACGACACUGAAGGUGAGAGACUUAUGUUAUCCCUAUGGUGAUAAUUUUCACUCAAGUCUCAUAAUUUGAGAGUUAUGGAUCAUGAAUGUGCGAUAUCUGCAAUGUCCUUAUUGAAGUCACUAGUUUUUAUAGAAUUAUUGUAAGUAAUCCUUAGCUUUAUAUAACAUAAUUUAUUAUAUUAUUUAUUGUAAUAAUUUAUUUCUUACAAGUAACUUUUCCAUGGUGUGAAGGUUUUUGAGGAUUUUCCAUCUUACACUCAUACUCACAAGUCACAACUCUUAUUAGUUAUGUGAAAUCACAUUUUUUCCAGAAAGAUGAAUUGUGAAAAAUUGAAAAAAAUAAAAAUAAAACACCAUAUAGUUCAAGAAACCUGAAAUAUUUUAAGACUGUGGGUUUUAUCAAGAUUGGGUGUAGAGUGGAGAAGAAAGACUCAAUACUUACUAGAGAUAAAGGCUGAUAUAAUUUGAAAGUAUAAAAGAAACAUCCAGAACUGUUGUUGGUAUGUUUGUUUGUAUAUUUGUAUAAUAUUUAUACCAUUUUUCAUUAACAAAAUAUUUUGCAUAUGUAUAUAAAAAUUAAUGUACUCAAAUGAAAAUAAAAUUGUAUUAUGUUUCAAUAAUAUUAUGAGAUUAUUCCUCUGCUAUUCAAAGGAUUAAGAUUGCAACAUACAGAAUGGUUCCCAAUUUGUGUAGAAUCCUACUUAGUGCUUCUCAAACUGUUGCAUUUAUUUUUGUAUAUAGAAAAAGUAUUGUAGGUUGUGUUGUAAUCCUUCAUAAUUAGAAUUUAGAAAAUAAAUGAAAAUAUAAUA